AUGGAAUACAACGAAGUAGAAGGUCAAGUCGAGCUGGUGGAGGCCGUGGAGCGGGUCCCGACCAUCGGGAACGAGGUUGUCAUCGACAACAACCAGCAAUGGCAGCAAGUCCAAGCGGAAGCAGACCCAGGCUUCCAAUACGCGGAUCCAGGUUUAAAUUUCCCCGAGCAAAAUGACCAAGAAGUCCAGGAAAUCCCAGCAAACAACCCCGUACCUGUCAACGAGCCCCCAAACGUCCCCGAGGAGCCAGUUCCUUGGAACCCGAACCAACUGGACCACAAUUUUGCCCAGCAGCAAGAGCCAGUCGAGGCAGAACCGGUGCCCGUGGCUCUGGAGCCGCCAGUGGUCGUGAUAGACGACGACUCUGACGACACCCAGGACCCGGAACCCGACGAGGAGAUUGAGAUGGCCAAAAAGAAGCUCAAGCUGGACAUCAAAGUCGACAAACCCGUCGAGGAAGACGAGGACAACGACGCGGGGCGACUCUGUCCAAUUUGUAUGGACUUCUGGAGCAACAGCGGCGACCAUCGGCUCUGCUCGCUACGCUGCGGGCAUCUCUUCGGGUAUUCUUGCGUCCAUAGGUGGCUGACGGUCGCUUGCACCUCCGGCAAUCGUCGCUGUCCCCAAUGCAAUAAGAAAGCCACGCAGAAGGACAUCAGGGUGAUCUACGCGACCAGCGUCUCGGUGAUAGACACCGUGGAGAUAGACAUGCUGAAGAAACAGCUUUUGGAAGUGAAUGCCGAGAAGAGUCGCGUCGAGCUGGAAUUAUCCAACAGCCAGUUGAGAAUUCGCUCCUACCAAGACCAGAUCGGGAACCUGCAGAAGCGAAUCGCCGAUCUGGAGCGCCAGAAGUCGGACAUGUCGAUGCGGAUCAACGAGUCGGUGAGCUCGGCGGCUAAAAAAUUCCACCUGGACAACACGGUAGACAUUUGCAAGGAAGGAGGGUGCCGUGUCCUCGCGUACAACCCCUGGUACGGAUGUCUCGCGGUCUCCCAGCAGUCGCGCAGUGCCUUAUUCACCGGCUACGGGGUCAAGAAAGUCCUGACAGACAAAUUCCAGACCAUGCCGCUGUUCAUGCUCCACACUCAGCAAAUCCGCGACAUCGCGUUCCACCCGGUCCAGCAGUCGCUGCUUCUGAGCAUCAGCUUUGACCGGACAGCCAAGCUGAUGGACAUUCAGAACAACGUCACCGUCCACGGGUACCCGAUAGAUUCUCAAGGCUGGAGUUGCUGCUGGUCCGGUGACAACCCCAAUAUUUUCCACGCGGGAACUCAGAAGGGCUCAAUCGUCCAGUUUGACAUCCGACAGACUUCUGGAGCUGUCGAUACUAUUGAGAGUCCUGGAGACAGGUCCCCGGUGGUGUCUCUCGCUUCAGUUCCGCCCAAUUCCUCCGGUGGGCUGAUUCGCGGCGGGUUCCUCGCGACUCGGCUCAACACCUGCUACGCGUACGAGCCCUGGAAUAAUGUCUACGUGCCCAAGCAGCUCUUCCUUGAGGGACCCUUCCUGUCGAUCAGGUAUGACGAGAAGAACCACCACGCUCUGGUCUCCUCCAGGCCCAACUCGAGACAACCCCAGUCCAGGCACCUGGUGCUCUCCGUCGAAGCCGGGAACGACAAUUCGGCUGUCUGUAAUGUUGUUCACACUUUCCUCGCGGGAAACUCCCAGAAGCUCAUGUCCAGGCCUUGUCAUGUCAACCUACAAGAUGACACCCUGGUCGCCGCCAACCAGGAAAACACCAAGAGCAUUCCUCUCUGGAGCAUUGGAACCGGAAAGCAGGUCCAUCAGAUUCAAGCUCAUGAUCCCGCGUUAGAUAUGGUCUCUUUUGCAACCAAUGAUAAAAUUUUUUUGGCUACCUUGUCGGAAAAGAAGCUUCGGCUUUAUAAUUAUGACUAG